CACCUAAAUACAACAUAAAAUUUCAGAAAACCUCAAAUUCAACUUCGAAAUCUAUGACCAAACCGAGAGCUAAGUAAUGACACGUCUCUCCUCUUUCUCCUCCCAUGUCUUUUCUGUGAAAUUUAUAUUUGUCGUACCAUCGUGUCCUUGCUCUAACCCCCUACCCCCUACCCCCCAACCCAACCCCCAAAGAAUCCAUUUUUCCCAAAUUAAGCAAUUAACUACGCAAAACCCCAAAAAUUAGUGGCUAAAUAGCCACUGAUUUUCUAUGAAGUUUUAAUCUUGUUGAGUUUACAUGAAAUUGGAUUUGUGGGUGUGUGUUUAAAACUUAUGGGGAAGAGAAAGAGAAGAGCUGAUCUCAAUAAAACUCAUUCUCUUACUGGUGAACAGAGUUACACAAUACUUGUGUUAGUGGGAGUACCAGGUUUCUCGUGGAAUUAUUUGAGGUGCGCACAAGCUAAUCUGGACACCUUAGUUAGUAAAAAGAGACCAGCUGCCUCCACCUGGGAUGGAUGCAUUGUCGAGACAGACCUCUCAUCAAGUUGAUGUCUAUGCAACAAAGUCUUUCUCAUCAAUUAUGGAUAUCAUAGAUGAUUCUUCAAAGGUAACACAAUGCCAACAACCAUCUAUUGUUCACCGUCGAAAUAUUGACCAGGCAAUGUGUUCAAAGAAUCCUCAUCACUACUAUGGGCUCCAUUAUACUCGACGGAGGUCUGCUAAUAAUGCUGAGGCAUCAACUUCCCGUGGUGGGACGACUCCUCUUUAUGAUGAGCUGAUGUCUGCAAAGCCAGCUAGUAAAUGCAACUCGGGUUCUGGACAUGACACAGAGAGUAAACAGAAUGAACUUUACAAACCAGAAAGUGUUGGCGUUGCGCCCAGUUUACUGGCAACGAAUGCAACAUCUUCCAAUGUCACCAAGCUGUUUUGCGGAUUAUGUCAGAAGCCUUUGAGAAAGAAACGCUAUCUGCUCGAUAGCAACAUACCUUCCUGUGAGCCCUCUGUUGUGGCAGUUUUAGUUUGUGGUCAUCUUUACCAUGCUGAUUGUUUGGAGGAAAGAACACAUCAUGACAAUGUAACAGAUCCUCCCUGCCCGAUCUGUCGUGGCAUCAAUUGAGUAGGUUUGCUUUUGUACCUGAAUGUAGAUAACCUCAGGUGCGGAUUCAGGAUUUGAAAGGCUCCAAGUUGUGUACACAUAUAUACAUGUCUUAAAAUCUCGAUACAAUGUAACUAUCUGUUAUGUUUAUAUAUAGUUCGAGUCAAAGGCAGUGGGUGUGCAAUCGUUUGGAUACCAGAUGUAUUGAGAGGGAAAUGUAGCUUACAAGAUGCAUCAACAAUCAGUUAGCUUUCUGUGUAAACUUUUCAGUGUUUUCUUUGAAAAUAUUUGUAAUGCAUUAGUCUAACUCUAAUAGAAUUUAUAUAAGACAUUAGUCUAUGACAAAUUGAUGCAA